UUGAUGGAUGAGAUUACAGGCUAUAACAGUAUGACAGAGUGACACAGAAAGAGAGUGAGUGCAAAAGGAGAGAGUAACAGCAAGGCAUAGCAGGCAAAGAGGGGGCUACAAAAUUAACAACACGUUGCAGCUGAACUGUACUACUGACCAAGACAGAAAGAUAAGAAAACCGUGCCAAACUGCAACAGACAGGACUUCAAGGAGUCAAAGUGUGAUGAGCUGGCUGGUGCUGCAGGCCAUUUGCAGUGUCAUUGGUUGGUAUUCUCUCUACGCUACAUUAUGUCAGCUGAACAGAACGCAUGGGUAUGAAUGGAACUGCAGGCUGGUGACCCUAACACAUGGGAUCCUCAUCAUUUGUCUCUCUGCAUAUGUCGGCUUUAUUGAUGGACCAUGGCCCUUUACCCAUCCAGGUAGCCCUAACACCAGCCUACAGGUGCAGGUAUUGUGUUUGAGCCUUGGAUAUUUUAUCUUUGACAUGUGCUGGUGUGUUUACUUCCAGACAGAGGGUGCAGUAAUGCUGGCUCAUCAUAUGCUGAGUACCCUGGGAAUUAUCAUGGCCUUAGCAUUGGGAGAAUCGGCCACAGAAGUUAAUGCAGUUAUAUUUGGCAGUGAAAUAACUAAUCCGAUACUGCAAGCCCGCUGGUUCCUUCGAGAAAUAGGCCAGUACCGCACCCUUGCAGGAGACAUGGUAGACUUCUUUUUUGUAGUUCUGUACACAGGAGUGCGGAUUGGAGUUGGUGCAUGGCUUCUGUACUGUGAGCUUAUGUCCCCUAAGCCACUCUGGAUUGUGAAGUUUGGAGGAGUGGCUAUGUAUGUGGUCUCUUGGCUCUUUAUGAUCAAAAUUAUAAAAUUUACUUGGAGAAGGAGCAGAGAGAAGUAUCAAAUGUGGAAAAAAAGGUCAACUUUUGUCCAAGACUCUGUUACUAAUGGGCACCUAAAAGUGCAGUAGCAUUACUUAGCUCAUGAAGUACACACAAAUGACUGUACUCAACAUACAGCUAAGCCUGUAACCUCACAACUAAAACUGUAGCAGUGUUAAACGGAUUCAGUAAAAAAAAGUCUGAAGUCUAAUGCAUAAUAAACUGUAUGUCACAGUAUGGCUUUAGGACAAAAGCAAAUUAAUGGGUUACACACACACACACACACACACACACACACACACACACACACACACACACACACACACACACACACUCCUUAAAUUACCAAAAUAUAUUAGGUAGAAGGCAUUUAGGGUUUCACAUGUAUGUAAUGCACCACUGACAUCAGUGCACUUACCUGUCUCUAAAUAUCCAUUAAUAUUCAUCUUCAGUUCCCAAUACAUCAAGUACUAGUCUUUACUUGACUUUUUUUUUACAGAAAAGGGGAUCCAGUGUCUGUCAGCCUGGGAUGGCAUGCUCAACAAGCCGCAUUGCUUCGCAAGAGAUGGCUUGCACCUGU